CGACAUUGGGGUCCCAGUUGUGGGGUGCCAGGUGAGCUAGGGGACCCCGCUGUGGGGUGACAGGCUGGGGUGCUCUGCCCUGGGGUCACAGGUGAGUGGGGGUCCCUGUUGUGGGGUGACAGGUAGGCAGGGGGUCUCGGCUGUGGGGUCACAGGUGAGCUGGGGGUCCCUGUUGUGGGGUGACAAGUGAGCUGGGGGUCUCGGCUGUGGGGUGACAGGCUUGAGGGCUCUGCCAAGGGGUGGCACUGCACUCUGAGGGGGGAGCAGAAAGCCCCAGCACACCUGGGCAGGUGAGCUGGGGGUCCCUGCUGCAGGGUGACAGGUGAGCUGGGGGUCCCUGCUGCAGGGUGACAGGUGAGCUGGGGGUCCCUGCCGUGGGGUGGCUGUGGAAGCAGAGCGCAGUGGGGAUAAUUCCGAGUUGGGUUUGGGCACAGAGGGGCUGGGCUGGGGGCUGCCAGGGCAGUGUGAGGACCAGCCUAGGAGCAGGGUGGCGAGUGAAAGCUGUUUUGGGAGGGCGAGGCUUCCUGUCCUGUCAAGUGUAGCCGGUGUAGCCUCUUCUCCUCGCCGUGGAUCUUGGCACGGAAAACCCCCAAUAUUGCUGGGAUCCAGCUGAGCCGCUGGCACCGUGGCUACGUGAUGCUGGCACAGUCAGCAUCCUCCCUGCACGCCGUGGCGCGUCACUGGGGGCUGUGGAUGUCCCCGACCCCUACCUGUGCCCCCUCCAGCCUGUCAAGGAGGUGCCACCUCCCAUUGUGGACCCCCAGGUCCCCUCGGGGUCCGUGGGGCACCGGCUCCACGCACACACCGUGUUUUCCCGGCACGAUUUCCUCCUUUGGCAUCAGUGACGGGAGCGGGGGCGGAGAUGGGGGAGCCUGGGGGAGACACAAAUGUGCGACUGCAGCAUCCUCACUCCCAUGGCUGCAUCCCUCGCGCCUCCUCACGGUUGCCUUAGCAACCUCCUAUCGAUGGGGUAUUUAUAGAGGAUGGGAAGCCAGAGGGGGGGAUCGGGAAUGGGUGGGCGUCUGCUAGGUCAGCCUCCGGCUUCAGGCUUCUCUCUGCUUGUGUAGGGGCAGGAGGGAUGCUGCUCCCCUUGGUGUCAGCGUGUGCAAUGCUCCAGCUUUUCCUGCUUGCUGGAGCCAGGGGAGGUGGCCAGGAAUUUGCAUGUGGAAAUAAAAAUAAGCUUCUGGGGCGUCUGCCCCUCCCACCAGCAUUGCUUGUGCUUGGAAGCUUAUGUGCACCUCCCUGAUUGUGACACUGGGUGCAUUGACACAGAUACAUGGAAGACAGUAAAGGAGUGUAAAUGAAAUUAAACAACAUUAAAUUUGUUGCCUGAUGUGUGACGUGAGAAUAUCCUUCUUUCUGUGUCUUUGUUCUCCUGUCCAUCAGAGGGGGAGAGUGCCUGUAACAACGAGGGUUUGUGUGGAAACUGUGGCAUGUUCUGUGUGCUGUGAUUUCUUUUAUCCUGGGGCUUUGGGUCUCUUUGUAAAAACUGAUGACAGCAGAAGUGGGUCAGGUGGUCUCUGCUCAGAGCCUGUGGGGGAGUUCAUGGAUCCAGAGGCCUCUCACAUCCCCCAGAAGGGCUCAGAGAAGCGGGAUUGGGCUGCUGGGCACUGGAGGCAGCAGAUCCCUCCCAUAUACUUCUGGUGCUCUGUUGCUUUCCCUUGCUCUUGCUUCAGCUUUAGACUGAGGUUUGCAAUCUGAGCUUCCCAAACUGUUGGGAAGAGGCUGCUUUUUCUCUCUGGACACAGCUCCAGGCUUGCAUGCCCUCUUGCCGCUUUACGGUGCAGGAGCCUUGGAAAGCACAGCAAACCUGAUGUUGGCAGGGAGAGGUGCUCCAUUUACUGGAAGGUGGCUGUUGUGAGGUGUGCUGGUGUGCAGCAUCAGCCCUUCUGUGUGCCUGCCUUUUAUGUGAAAGGAGAGCUGUGAUUCCAGCCCUGCUGACCCUGUGAACAGCUCUGUGCUGUUCCUGACCUCACUCCAGCAGAGCAGAUCCAAGUGCUUUUGGAAUAACUGGGUAACUAAAGUCCUGGGCCUGAGACCAGCAUGUGGUUUAGUUCCUGCUCUUUCUAACCAUGCUUGCUCCUUCAUCUGCAAUAAAUCCAUGUAGGAGCUGGGUAGUCCUGUCCUCUCUGUCUCCUGAGUGUCACAUGCAGCAAUGGUCAGCCCAGGGCAGUCUGAUCUAUGAGCAUGGGAAACAGGCAGAAAUCCUCUGCUUCUGCACGGCUUUGUUUAACUUCUCUGGGGUUUUGUUUAGUUCAGUUUUGCUUUUGAAGCACAAAAGGUGCUUGUCCAGCUGGAGAGCUGUUCUGGAUGUGCAGGGAGCUCUGUCACUCUUGCUGCUGCCCUUAGCUUGGCCCAACAACCAGAUUGUGGGUAGGAGUUGCAGAAGUGAGAACUGGCACGUCUGUGAAGUUGCUCUAAAAUAAGAUGAUUGCUUCACCUGUAUCCAUCAAUCCCUUGUGGAAGGAAAGAGCACCAGGCUUCUCCCAGCAGUCUGACAUGCAGUUCAUCUCAUUUGCUGGUAGGCAGGAGCCCCCCUUGGCCGAGUGAGGCAGCAUGGCAAUGUUCUUGGGGGCCAGGAAUGCCCACUCACUCCUGAAACGCUUUCCCAGAGCCAAUGGCUUCCUGGAGGAGAUCCGGCAGGGCACCAUCGAGCGGGAGUGCAUCGAGGAGGUCUGCAGCUACGAGGAGGUCAAGGAGGUGUUUGAGAACAAGGAGAAGACGAUGGAGUUUUGGAAAGGCUACACCAGCUCUGUGUACUCUGUCAAGGACCCCGGGCACAGCACGGAGCGCUCUGACGCUAUGUACGUGGUGGUGCCCCUCUUGGGGGUGGCUCUUCUCAUAGUCAUCGCCCUGUUCAUCAUCUGGAGGUGCCAGCUGCAAAAGGCCACCCGCCACCGCCCUUCCUAUGCCCAGAACCGUUACCUGGCCAGCCGGACGGGCCGCAGCCUCCCCAGGGUCAUGGUGUACCGGGAGCGGUCGCAGAGCCAAGGGGAGACCCAGUACCAGCGGGAAGCCAGCAACCGGGGGGCUGGGGACGGCAGAGCCGGGGGCACCCCCCAGCCAGACGGCACCCUCUGCCCACCAGAGCAUUCUGUCUCCGUCCUCUCCAGACUGUCCAGUGCCACCCCCCCGCCUUCCUACGAGGAGGUGACGGGCCACCCGGAGAGCAGCAGCAGCGGCGAGGAGACCAGCGUCUCCUACAGUGACCCUCCACCCAAGUAUGAAGAGAUCGUGGCCACGGCCCCUGCCGCGGGCAAAUAGCGGGCCUGCCUCCCUCCUGCCUCUUCACACACUCACACUCACCCAGCCACCCUCUCUUCGCCAUGCCUGGGACCUCCUUCAGGUGUCUGUCAGGCCCCCAUCUCACCUGUACAAUCUGGUGCCAUCACACAAUAGCCUUACCCUCCUAACCAAAAAUAGCUGUCCCCAGGUGGGGUGAGGCAGGGCUGUGGGAUGGCUCUGGAGCCAGCCAGCCACCUCCUGCCCCUCACUCCCCACUCACGUAAGUGCUGUAGCAGCCCGAGCAGAGCAGCAGCUUGUUCCUGGCUCAAUGCAGGGGUCUCCCCACAGUGCAUUUGAUUUCCUCACUUCCCCCUCAAACGGACAUAACGUUUCCCACGAUUAGAGCAGCCUUGCUGCCUCCCUGGGCUGCUGCUCAGCCUCACCCCAUGUCCUCACUGGGCUCUGUUCUAGUGCUCAGGGCUCUCAUUAGGUGAUGGAGACGCAGGAUUGAUGUGGCAGACUUUUGUCCAUCCCCUCAGUUGGUGGGGCCAGCUCUGUGGGGAGAUGGUGCUUCCCCCAUGUGGAUUUGUUGCCAAGUGGGAGUGGGAAGCCCGGUCCACACUGUGGUGCCUGUAGUGGUAUUUGCUGUGUGGAGAUCAGGGAGGGACAGGAAGGUGCUCUGUGAUCUCCUAGAUCUCUUUGGAAAGGGAGAAAGGGCUUGUGGUGGUCUUGUACUUGAGGUAAGUGACUUUGGAGUAGCAGGGCCUUUUCCUGGUGCUCUCUGCUUUCCCCCUGUGGGUGCUGAGCAGCUGGAGGUCUGGCUGCUGCAGAGCUGGCCAAGGGGGUUGUCUCUGACCCCGAGCCAAAUGUGGUCUCAUGGCUUUAAGUGAUGGGGAUCCAACUCUCUCCUGGAGUGUGGCCUAUCCUGUGUCUGCCCCAGAGCUGAGAGCCUGCACACAGGCCAAACCUCCCCUCUCCCUAGCCCAAACCUCUCUGCCCUGCCUGGCCCCUCUCUCUGGGGCUCUUUGUCCUCCAGAGCACGUAAAGUGGGAUGCAAGACCCCACUCUCCGCCUGACCUCUUGGGUGGGCUGAGUGUUUGGUGUCCAGGGCUGUGGCACGGAAGUCCAGCUGACAGGGGAGGGAGCCACAAGGCCACGCUUUGACAGUCAGGAGCAGGGCCAAGCCCUGCUCGGGUGGUUGUGUUGCCAGGGCAGGGCAGAGCCAGGUGCUUUGCUGUGGGAUCAGCAUCCUCUUAACCCCGGGCAGCUGCCUGUAGGGUCCAGGCAAUGGGGCUAUCCUUUCCCAGUCAUGUCUGAUGGAUUAAUACAAGGGUUGUGCUCCAAGCCCCCAGAAGCAGCCCAGGAACUCCCAGCACUGCCACCACCCGGUGUUCACCCAGCACCAGUCUCUCCACCAGCACAAAAAGGCUAUUGUCCAUCCAUCAGUGGCCUGCAUCCCGCCCGGCCCCAGUGAUGCUCUCGCAGCUGGUGCCCUCAGCCCAGAGCUGAGGCGUGCCCAGCGUGGCUGCUCCUGGGGCAGGACAUGCUGGCACCUUGUCUGUCCCCUCCCCAGCCUUAGCAGAUCGGGGUUAUGGGGAGACCUGACAGUGAGCGUCAGGGCCAGAGCUUGGAGAACACCAGAGGGAGACACAAGGGUGCUCUGCAUCCUCUGUCUUUGAUGCUCUGUCAUUAUCCCUGCAGUUUGUAUUCUGUAAAACUUGGUAUAUUUCUGUGCAAAAA